GGCUGCUCAGACUGAAAGUCUGAGAGAGGAAGAAAGCUGGUGAAGGUUCACUGUUAUUUUUCCUGCCACACAGAAUUACCGUCCACAGAAAAGGAUUCAUCUUCUUUUUGUCUUCCUUAAUUUUUCCUCGCUGUUCACUUUUUGUUCUUUCUUUUCAUACUUUGUGGAUUUUCUGGACCUUGGACUUAAGAGAAGACUGAAAAAAACAAAACAAAAAAACCCUCUUUUGUACUUUGUGACGGGAUCCAAGUCUUCCCUUACAGGACAUCAACCAGAUUUACAUUAAGAUCUGAUUAAGUCAUCAGCUGUGUGAGAAUAUUUGGUUUGCCUUUGACAUGGGGCCUGGGAGGGAGCUACUUACUCUCGGCUUGCUGUAUAUGGCGGGGAUUUGUUUCUCAUGUGAACCGGGCUUCAGCAAAAUAGGCCCCAAGUGUUUUGAUAUAAACGAGUGCGAGGAAAUCCCAGACAGCUGUGGGGACAACACGGAGUGUUUCAAUACGAAUGGCAGCUAUUACUGUCAGUGCAAACCAGGAUUCAAAAACCACAAAGGCACACUCAACUUCACAGCAGUAAAUGGACAAUGCCUAGAUUACAAUGAGUGCCUCGAUUCUGUCAACAUCUGCGGUCUCGGCGGUAAUUGCUCCAACCGGAUCGGGAGCUAUGAGUGCAUCUGCCAAUUUGGGUACACCAACCACAACAGCAGGGAACCCUGCAUCGACAUAAACGAAUGCAAUGAAGCUGAAAGGGAAGGCAAAGACCUCUGUGGAGCAGAAGGAACUUGUAAAAACACUGAUGGGGGUUACCGGUGCAGGUGUACAAAAGGGUACACUAAUUAUGGCAACGACAGGACCCGAUGCUCAAAGCUUACCUGCAACAGCUUCAAUGCCAACAGCGGGCCUGCUCCGUCACUUGGAGGCCUGGCAGACAUUGUGGUCAUGAUGAGAAACAGCUGUUUGGCCCUGUCUAACCCCAGCGGUGAGGUGAAAGCUGAUGGCGAGGCGCUACUGGAGAAACUUUUCACAGCGACCGAGGCCAUCCUGACCCCUGGUCACCUGGACAGCAGCGAAGACGUGAGCCAACUGCUCGGCACAGUGGAGAACGCCAUCAUGCUCAUUGGUCCGCAGCUCAAACAUAACCGCACCAAGAUAGAGACCACAGAGACAGUAGACGCAGAGAUCGCAGUGCAGAGAGGACAGACUCGACCCACUGGACAAAUACAUCUGACCAAUGAGAACGCUGCGCUCGACACCGACUGGACAACAGCAGCUGGGACGGAAUCGUACCCUGAUUUUGCCAUGGCUGCAUUGUUGAGCUACAAGAACCUCGAGAUUUCUGUUAACCAGUCCUUCGAGGAGCUCACAGGACGUGAAAACGAUAUCGCGGUCCCCUCCUCCUUAAACGUCUCCUCUAAAGUCGUGUCCGUUGUGGUCUCAAACCCAUCCACUCAGAACUUGAACAGCCCUAUCAAGAUUACCCUGAGACAUCUUCAGGACAGAGAGGAGUCAAGAGAGUUGAAAUACAUCUGUGCGUACUGGAGUGAGAGAGGGACCUGGUCCACAGAUGGUUGCUAUCAUCAGCACUCCAACGCCACACACACUGUGUGCACCAGUGAACAUCUGAGCAGCUUUGCUGUGCUAAUGGCACUCUACCCCAUGAAGCACACCUUUGGCCUCAAAUUGGUGAGCAUGAUAGGGCUGAUCGUCUCCCUGCUGUGUCUCAUCCUGUGCAUCCUGACGUUCAAGUUCUGCCGCUCCAUACAAGGGACCCGCACCACCAUCCACCUCCACCUCUGCAUCUGUCUCUUCCUGGCAGACCUCAUCUUUCUCGCUGGUAUUUCACAAACAACACCAAAGGGCGGCUGCAGGUUUGUUGCAGCAUUGCUCCAUUACUUCUUCCUGGGAGUGUUUACCUGGAUGCUGUUGGAGGGGGUGCAGCUGUACCGUAUGGUGGUCCUGGUGUUCAAUGCCACCAUCCGGCCCCUCUACUUAUUCCUCAGUGGUUACGGGACGCCACUUGCCAUCGUCAUUAUAUCUGGCAUCAUUAGGCCGCAGGGAUACGGCACAGACGAGCACUGCUGGCUGUCCCUGGAACACGGCCUCAUCUGGAGUUUCUUCGGCCCCGUGUGCCUCAUCAUCAUCAUCAACGUCUUCUUUUUCAUCGUCACCGUCUGGAGGCUCGCCCAGAAGUUCACCAGCCUCAACCCAGACUUCUCCAAGCUACACAAAAUCAAAGCUUUCACAGUGACAGCUAUCGCCCAGAUGUGUAUACUCGGUCUGAUGUGGGUGUUCGGGGCCUUCAUGUUUGAAGAGGGCCCCAUCGCGGUGGUGUAUAUCUUCACUAUCCUCAACAGCCUGCAGGGAGCGCUGGUCUUCAUCAUGCACUGUUUGCUGUCUAAACAGGUGAGAGAGGAGUACGCCCACUUCCUCUCAUGCAUCUGCACACCACAGAAGAAGAGAUACUCAGAUUUCAGCAGUACCAAUCCCUCCAGCAGCCAGUCACAAGGUUCACGCAGUGGACAGCACACCGGAGAAUCCCAGAUAUGAGGCACUCUGUCUUUUUAUUCCACCCCAAAGACAGACUGUCACACCCAUCUGGGUGAAGUUAGGCCUGACUGUAAAGGUUUGGAUCACUUCGAAUAAAAAUUCAGUCAUUAUUUACUCACCUUGCAGUCAGCUGAAUCCGAUUCUAGUUUUAUUGUGCCAUUACACCCCCUCCCUGCAACAUACCGGUAACUUGCAAAACAUGUUUCUAAUAUGCAAAAUUAUGUACAUCUUUUUUUGGGAAUCGUCUCAAAAACAAAAAAACUUCACAAAAAGGACUUAAGAAAGAAACAUCAUGUGAAAGGUAAAGCGGUAAAUAGUACGGAACCCCUGCCUUAAACAGAUUUCUAAUAAGUUAAAUCUCAGGCCUUUCACACCCAA